AUGUCGCCCACCGAUCGCCUGUCGCUCAUCUCGAGGCACUUCGACUAUUCCAACGCCCACGACGUUCCACUGAACACCCCCUUCUCCAUUGAGCGAGAAUCGAGCCGAGUCGUCGACGACUUCAACAACAAAAGCAAUCCAUUCAAAGGUCAACAACAGAAGAGAGACUUCUCUCACUCGGCCCCGUCACUGCAAGAAGAAGCAAAGGAAGAAAAGCCUCCUACCGAAAACAUGUCGAAACAAGCACCACACCCCACCCUCUUGAUUCCAGGACCCAUUGAGUUCGACGAUGAGGUCCUGAACUCCAUGAGCCACUACUCCGAAGCCCAUGUUGGCCCAGCUUUUGUCGCUGUCUUUGGCGAGACUUUGUCCAUGUUGAGGAAAGUCUUGCUCACCGAGAACCCCAAAGGCCAGCCCUUCAUUCUCUCUGGCUCUGGAACACUCGGCUGGGAUCAGGUCGCAGCCAACUUGACUGAACCUGGAGAUGAAGCCCUUGUCCUGCACACUGGAUACUUCGCCGACAGCUUCGCAGACUGCUUCGAGACAUAUGGUGUCAAGGCAACUCAACUCAAAGCACCCAUUGGCGACCGACCUCAACUUCCGGAAAUCGAGAAGGCGUUGAAGGAGAAGAAGUACAAGGUGAUCACUGUCACGCACACGGAUACAUCCACUGGCGUGAAGUCCGACCUCAAGCCAUUGGCAGAGCUGGUUCGACGAGUGUCUCCGGAGACCCUUAUCGUUGUCGAUGGUGUCUGCAGUGUUGGCUGUGAAGAGAUUCGAUUCGACGAGUGGGACCUCGAUGUUGUGCUCACCGCAUCACAAAAGGCUCUUGGAUGUCCUGCCGGCCUGUCCAUCGUGUUGGCAUCGCAACGUGCCAUGGAGUCUUUCAAGGCCAGGAAGACCCGACCAACCUCCUACUUCGCGAGCUGGAAGAACUGGACGCCCAUCAUGCAAAACUACGAGGCCAAGAAGCCUUCAUACUUCGCCACGCCAUCCCCUCAAUUGAUCCACGCAUUGAACACAUCGCUGAAACAAAUAUUGAGCAAGCCAAUGGAGGAGCGCUUCGAGACGCACAAACAACAAAGCUUGAGGAUAAAGAAGGCCAUCGAGGGCUUCGGUCUCAAACAACUCGCAACGAAGCCCGAGAACCAAGCCCAUGGCAUGACAGCUAUUUGGCUGCCAGAAGGCAUCACUCCACCGGAUGUACUUCCGAGCCUCCUCAAGAAGGGCGUCAUCUUUGCAGGUGGUCUUCACAAGGAGGUCGCUGCGAAGUACGUUCGAUUCGGCCACAUGGGUGUCUCCGUCACCGAUCCAAAGCGGGACGACAUUGACCGUGCUAUUCAAGCACUUAAGGACAGCCUUGUUGAGGUUGGUUACAAGGCGCCCAGCUAG